AUGACAUGGUGCUUAUGGAAUAGACGGAAUGCUCUCCAUUUUGGUCGUCCAGCUCAGCCCCUCUCAAAUAUCAGUACUGUCGUAGAACCAGGCUUUGUGAAAGUAAACUUUGAUGCUGCCAUGUUUAAUCACUCGAACUCAGCUAGACUUGGUGUUAUUGUACGUGACUGGCGUGGCGUCUCCCUUGGUGCUAUGUCAACGCACACUUCGCUAGCUUCAUUUGUAGCUGAUAUGGAGGCUCUGGCAUGCCUUAGAGCAGUCCAAUUUGCUGCUGAAUGUGAGCUCCAACAAGUGAUAAUUGAAGGUGAUUCAGUCAUAAUCAUUGCUGCGAUCACCCAAGGACGUUCCUUACUGUCCUCCUUUGGUAAUAUUGUGGAUGAUAUUUUGUGCUUGCUGCCUAAAUUUUCUUCAAUACAAUUUAAUCAUGUAAUCCGCUCUGGUAACUUAGUAGCGGAUGCUCUCGCAAAGAAGGCUGCAUCCAUUGUAGGCUGUCAUGUUUGGCCGGAUACUUUGCCUUUGGACAUUGCUGCUUUAGUCGACUUUGAUGUUCAUUAA